GGGUGAGGCACCGCCUUCCCGCGGGCGCCGCCACCGCCUCUUCCUCCUCUUCCCUUUCCUCCUCCUCUUCCGACAUGGCCGCUUCAGCGGAGGUCAGCGGUCUCAGCGACGAGGCAGCCUACGGCGCCUGCUCGGAGCCGGAUGCCAGCACGAAGGAUUUUUUGUUUCAGCAGACAAUGUUAAGAGUGAAGGAUCCUAAGAAGUCACUGGAUUUUUAUACAAGAGUUCUUGGAAUGACACUGCUUCAAAAAUUUGACUUUCCUGCUAUGAAGUUUUCACUCUAUUUCCUGGCGUAUGAAGAUAAAAAUGAUAUCCCGAAAGAUAAAGCUGAGAGAACAGCUUGGACCUUCUCUAGAAAAGCUACACUUGAACUGACACACAACUGGGGCACUGAAAAUGAUGAAAAUCAGUCUUACCAUAAUGGCAAUUCAGAUCCCCGAGGAUUUGGACACAUUGGGAUUGCUGUCCCUGAUGUCAAUAAAGCUUGUAAGAGGUUUGAAGAACUCGGAGUGAAAUUUGUGAAGAAACCAGAUGAUGGUAAAAUGAAAGGACUUGCAUUUGUUCAGGAUCCUGAUGGCUAUUGGAUUGAAAUUUUGAAUCCUAACCACAUGGUGACUCUCACUUAGUUCUAAUGAAGUAUAUUAUAUGGCAGAUGCACACUUUCAGUCCCCUGGAGAAAAUUGGUAUCAGUGUUUAUGAAAUUCUCGCUUAAUGGAGAGGAAUCAGUCGUGUUUAGAGUCUCCUCUAAAACUAUCCCCUGGGACCUCAGUGUACUUGAAUUCCUUUUUGUUGUCCUGUGAUGCCACUGCAAUUUUCUUGCAAUUAGGAAUACUCAACCAUCUUUUGGAAGAUCGUGUACACAGUUUCUCCUCUAGAACACUGAUUAUGCUAAUAUUUCAAUAAACACUCAGAAGAUAUGUGACCGGAAAUUCACUCUAUCUCACACUGUUUACAUUUAAACUAACAGCAACAAAAAAAAAAUCCUGUGUUACUAUUGAUGAUUUUCAACAAGGAUGAAAAAAACCCAAACUUCUCUUCCUUUUUAUAUGAAGUCAAAAGAUCCUGAAGGCUUCAUGGCCUGUCUCGUAUACUAGAAAAUAAAUGUCAGACUAACUUUGCUUUGAGUAGUAGCAUGUUUAUGAAAGUCCUAAUAUUAUGCCAAGCAAAACUCUUUAAGGAGCAGGCUUAAACAGCCUGUAACAAGAAACUUUGUGGAGGCAAUAAAUCAGUCGAGCAGAAAGAAUUCAGUCUUUCAGCUUCUGGCUGCUGAAUGACAGUCAAGGUAAGAGGUCUUAUAGUUGCUAACUCACAGUGAUCCUUCUUGUCUCUUCCAACACUAGAAAGAACUGGCUUAUAACUUUUGUUUCAAUGAAAGUCUGGGGCUAUAUUUAACUUAAAUGCUCUGUACGUUGGGCAUUUAAUGAAAAAGAGUAUCUGAAACAACAGCUUCCUACUAGUAAACAUUUUGAUCUGCCCUCUCAAAACGAGUGAUGGUUAUUGAAAUGAUACCUGUAAAGAGCAGGAAAACAUGUAACAUGUACAUAUGUUACACAAAUUAUUUGAUUUUUAUGCUGUUCCACCUAUUAUGAACAGCGCAAAACACAUCAAGUUUUGAAACCCUGUUUUCCAACAAGGGAAAAAACCCUUUGCCCUGUCUCUGGUUCAAGUAGCACUUCACUCCUACUAAGUCUUCAGUUAUGCGAGUAUUGAAUAGUGUAACAGCACUGCAGUUCGCUUCUGAAUAAAGUAUUGGUGCAAUCUACAAAAUAAUUGUAAAGGAGUGUGACCUGUUGCUUUGCUAAUUGUUGAAUCAUAGAUAACUGAAAGGCUGUUUGUUUUGGUUCAUGGGUUCUUGAGAAGAAAUCUGUUGAUAAAAGAUAGAAUAGGUGUUGUGAGUACAGCAGUGAGGAAGAUAACUAUGACCUGAUCAGCAGGAUGUUUUAGUAACUUAAUGAUAAUAUGCGGACUUCAUAAUAACAACUGUCAAUAACUCCUGGUCUUAUAAGUUAAAACAGAAAUGCAGAAAGUAUUGCAUUGGAUUUCUACUAUGCUAAUGUAGAUGUUAAUGACUUAAAUGCUAAGUGUUACUGUCCUAUCUCCUUAUCUGAAAAAUCCUUAAUGCUGUCUGCCUCCUCUUAAUAAGAUAGCACAUAUAAACCCAUUAAUUUUACAGUGCUCCACAUGAACAACCAUUCAUAAAACUUAAUCCAAGAUAUUUUGUUUGCCCUUGUAAAUAAGUAAAAUAGAUUAUAUGCUUCAUCUGAGCCUUAGGUGUUGGAAAAAGGAAUGUGAGAACUAUUUGCACUGCUUAAUAUCCCCUAUGGAUGUGCAAGCAAUCAUAAAUUCAUGGGAAGGUAGACACAGUAACUGAAAAGAUAUCUUCGGUUUUCUAUUUGUUAUAUGAAGCAACCCUGAUACUUUAAAUGAUCAUUUUAAUGAUAUUUUCUGGCUGUUCUCUACAGUGUCUACAGAUACUGUGCUUUAGGUGGUGCCUUAUCAGGGUUAUUCAUAUACAAUAGAUCUUUCCCUUUUUGAAUAUUUGCCAAGAUGCCUUUUUUCCUGCAACAAUAAACACUGAUGGUUCAUG